ACGACAUUUGAACGCUUCGCCCAAACAAGUAUUUCGCUGUGUACUGAGAAAACGAAUCCGGAAGGAACUAAACAUGUAAAAAGUUCCUAGAUUCUUUUUGUCACUGAAAAUCUUAAUAUAAAAACAUGAAAUAAGGAAAAAACUGAGGACACAAAUUCUACUGCAAAAACGCGCCCAAUUUUUAAACAUUGGACUGGUCCUAGAUGUACUUUAUGAAAAUGCCAGUUAAAAGAGCUCUCUGUUUGGAGCGCCCAGAAAAUCAGACGCCAGCCAAGCGACAUGCCCCGAACAGAAACUACUCCCCUAUGACGGGGACCUGUCGACUGAGUCCCACUGUUGUCUCGCCAGCUGGUAAAGCCAAAGCCACGCAAUAUUCACUUAAACCGCAGUUGCCACAGACAGAAGUUGAAAAACUACAUGCCAUCAGAUCUAAACUGGAAGGAUCAGUAGCAGCAUUUAUCAAGGCAAGGCAAGAGCUGGAGCAAAUAAUGGCUGCAGAGGGCAGCAGUGAGCUGAACAGGUUCUUCUCGAGAGGCUCAGCUGAACUCAAGACUGAACUCAAGAGACACGAAGAGCUUACAGCCCAAGCAGAGUCCUGUCGUAGCGUGGAUAGUUCCGGUCAGAGCCCCAUGCAAGGUGUGGUCCAAAUUGGCAGUUCCGCUGAAUUCCUGAAAUCCAUAAUGGGCUUAUAAAGGUUUCAGCUUGGAGAGCAGCUCAUCUCAACACACCGACGGCACCUGGAAUAGCUGCUCUCCAUCCUUCCUCAGACGGCAUUGUGGGUGUGCACGUUUCCUCCGAGGUGGCCGGGUGAUGGAUAUAGAACCCGUAGCUGUCAGUCGUGAGGCGGGGUGACGUAUUCGAAGCUGCCUGUCACGGGGGGUUAACGUGUCAGAAAGCGAAAAAAGCCAGUUACUGUAUAGACAUCAAGACGCGUUCCCGUCCGGCCCCGUCCGCCGGAGAGUCUCUCCCUUCUAGUUGACAAAUGUUGAUUCUACAAUAACGCCAGCGAUGCGGCGCUGUGAAAAUAAUGUGCUUUCAGUGAGCGAAGCCCCAGUCCCAUUAGAGCUGAUGCUAUUUGAUAUCCAUCCCCCGCAUUUCAUCUAGAUACCUGGAAAAGGAAAGGAAUAUGGGCCUGGAAGAUAAACAAACACACACACACACACACACACACACUGUACAUGUGCACGCACACACUCCUCAGUCUCUGGCUCUUUAUUUGGCAGUGCCUGGGAAGGCCAAGGCCCCAAGUAGCCUGUGCGACCUCAGCAACAGCUGGUGCACACAGACACAUUUCCUAUUCCUGCCCAAGGUGGAUCGUAUAACUCUCACUUUAUCACCCUUGGAGGCCGUGUGAAGGACAAAGCAAGCACCCCCAUAAACAAAACUAAUGUUUUCGUACUGGGCCUCUGGAGCUCCACGGGGCUUUUGGCAUUCCCACACCCUCGGCCACCCACCGCCUCCUACACCCGUUGCAUCGGGGCCCACUCUGCCUUAGCCCUCCACAACACAAUCCGCCGAGACGGCGCAUACGCUUUGACCGCCAUGGUUUUACAUAUUCUACUGUGUGGUUUCCAGUCAGAUACAUCAUUCUUGCAUAAUUCUGUUACAAAAAUGAGUUUAGUUAUGUGUAAAAUAAUCAAGCUGCUGUUGUGUACAUCUGUUCAUGUUUGGCUCCACAUCGUCACGUUGACCCUUUUGUCCCGGUAAAACCCCAGGCAUCUGGUUAUCUGGGCCUUCGCCGUCGUCACUGGUGUUAGUAGCUCCAGGGCAGCCGCAGCAGAAACACAGCAUACCAGCAGGCCCUCAGUGACCCGAUAACAUUUAUAGUUGGAAUGGAUUUUGUUUUAAUGCCGGUCAUUAACUCACAGACCGAGGGUGGAAAAGAUUGCUUGUACCGUUUUAUUUUUUUUCUGUGGUAUUUCAAGCUUUAUGACAUUAUGUUCAGAUAUGUCAUCCUCCAUCAUCCUUGUUUUAGGGCCUGUCUAAACUCUAACUGCUUUUUUGUGUUUAGCCCUGUGUGCUGUGUGGACUCAGUGUAUGUAGCUGUUGUAAUUAAUCUUUUAUGAAGCAAAAUUAAAUGGUUGAAAUACA